AUAUAUUGAAAAAAAACUUGUGUUUUUUUUGCGAUUAUUUUCAUCAAAAAAUGAAUUCUAUUCCAUUUUUUAUCCUCAUCAGAAAAUGUUUAUUAAAAGUAGUUAAAACAUAGUUAAUAAGUAGUGUUGAUUAAUUUGAGAGAUAUGUAAAUAAAAUGUGAUAUUUUUUAACAUAAAGUUCUAAUGUAACAUAUAUAGAUGAAACAUAACCUAUAAUUAUAAUAAUGGAGUUAAGAAAUUUUAUGAUAAACUCAUCAGUUGAUUUAGUCGAUUGUGUGAUUGAUGAAGUUUCUUUAGAGGGUUUAGAUGGAAUAACUUUAGAAGCAUUAUGGCAACGAAUGUCUCUUCGUCUUCACGAAGAAUUACCACUGACAGAAUCGUUAAUGGAACAAAUCUGGUCAACAUGUUCAAAAGUCAAAGGCUUUAUGUUCUACGAAUUAAAAAAAGCAAGAGAGCCACUUAUUAUUUUCGAUCGUUUUGAAUUAUUAAAUGAAGAUGAAAAGAAAGCAAAAAUACCAAAAGAUAUUUAUCCUCAUUUUCCAAUUGACGAUUUACGAAAUGGCAUUAGAGGAUCAUGUUCAUCGUAUAAUACUCGCGUGGACAUUACCCUUGAUGCAAGAUAUUAUGCAUUGGAAGAUAUAAUAAGUAAUUACGGUCAAAAAUUUAUUAUAGUUGCUUCGCAAAGUUUAAGGGAACGUGCCUUGGUAGGUGACACAGCAUGUCCAAUAAUGGAAAUGAAUGUUUUGCAAUAUUGUUUUCUCGAAAGAGUUGGACGUGCUCGUUAUCAUGGCGAUGUAUCAAGUGGUAAAACUGGCAUUGGUUCAAUUUCCGAUGAUCCAAAAUCAUUGUUUUAUCAUCGAAAAUUUUUAUUAAAACAAAAAUUAAUUACAAAACAAGCCUAUUCCGAACGAGUUUCAGGGAACAGUUACAGUGGUAGUUUACUUCAUCUAACAAGAUUUUACGUUGAAAGAAGACCAAAAUUUAUUCUUCUAUCCGAAAUUAUAAUCAAUUAUCUAAAAUCAAAGCCCAACUAUAUGUCAAGUUAUGACGAAUUAAAGGAAAAAUUAGAGUUAAAAGUUCCUUUAAAAAAGAUUUUUAAGACACCGAUACUAAAAACAAUUAUUAGAACGGAUAUUAAAGUAGCAUAUGGAAAUUUAAAUCCACAAGCUAAUGAAAUAGGUAAAAACGGAUGUAGUAUAGCUGAGAAAAUAGUGAGAGCUAUUCAACUUGUGGAUCCGAAUAUUGAUAUCAAUCAAUUUUGGGGAAAACAUGAUGGACCAGACGAAGAAGAAUCUUACGAUUUGGAUACAUCGAGGCAAAAAUUAAAUAUAUCAUAUCUAAAGCAAGCGAAUCGUUUUGUGGAAGAGUCUCGUCAACAAGGAUUAAGUCAAACGGAACUUGGUGCAAAACUCGGUAUGACAAAAUUACACACACGAACAAUUCUACGAAAUUUAGUCAAAACACGAAUAGUCGCAACUUACAUGAAUGACGUUGGUAAGCAAAGAGUCACAAAAUAUAUAGCGAAAAAGUAUGAACAUUCGAGUCAAAUGAGUAAACAAUUAAUGCAAGAAAUGGACAAAAUGAAAGAAUUCAAUCGUACCUCUCAAGAAGAAAAAAAUAAUGAUCGUCCACCAGUGAAUGAACCAGUAAAUCCACCAGUUAAACAAUUAGUGAAUCAAAUACCGAAUUUACCACCAGAAGUUCCUCCAGAAGAAAUUUAUCCAAUGGAUGAUCAUGAUGAUGUUCAAUUUACCGAUGAAUUGCAAACAAAUCAUGUUGAACGUGACGAACAAUUAUUUAUUAGUGUUAAUAAAAUUUUUGCAAAAUACAAAAAUUUAAAAUCACGAAUUAAGUUUCGUUAUACUUAUUUAAAUCUCGCACAACUUCGCGCUACUACUUUCUGGAAUCAAAGUCAAGAAACAUUUGAAUCACAAGAUACACAAAAUGAAAAUCAAACUCCAAUUAUUAAUAAAAUGCCAAAUACAAUUCCCUCUAAUAGUAGCGUUUUCAAAGAUGUUAAAACAAAAAUUGUCGCUUCAAGUGGUGGGAAAAAGAAGGGUCAAGUUACCGGUUUUUUGGAAAAUUUUAAAAACACCAACAAGAAAAAUGUCACCUAUCGAUUAUUGAAACGAGCGAAUCUUAUUAUUGAGGCGGUGAAACAAAAGAAAGUUAUCGACGACACUUCAAAACUUCUCAAGAUGAUCAAAGAAGAAGAGGAUAAGGAAGGCUAUUUCGUGAGGAUCGAUAAAAGAUCAUUGGCAAGGGUAUUGCAAAGACUAGCAAAGGAUAAUUUAGUAAAAUACAUUAAACUAACACUCAGUGACAAUGCAAGACAAAAAGUCGUUACCUACAUUUGUGAUCCAAGUAUCGAUAAAAAUCAUUCUCUCAUUCAAUCAGCUGUUGAGCAAGCAAAAAUCAAAUUUUGUUUGCUACGAGCACCAAACGUAAGGGCAUCAAAACAAUCUAGUCUCUCCAAAAAGGAACAAAAUUUAACUUCAUUAUAUACUUCCGACAGUCUUGAAGUUGCAAACGUUAAUCUAUUCCUCGAUCCUAAAAUUGGAAAGAAAUAUGGUUACAGUCCAAAGUUCUUAAGAAUGAAAGCGUUACACAAUCUUUUAUUCUACUUGGUCUACGAGCAUCAUGGAGAAUAUCAAAAUUCAGGAGAGGAACAAUUAGAAAAAUUUCGCGAAGAAGGAAUUUUUAUUGACGAUGAAUUAGAGUCAAAAAUGAAUGAUAUCUACACAAAUGAAAUCGGUUGGAAAAUGUUUAUUCCACCUCUAACGAAACAUCCCGGCUGGUCAGAUGGAUGGGCUCUAAUGUGCGACAUUCUCAUUCGUCUACCACUCUCAAUUUUCGUGAAAGUCUACAACAUUCCAUACGUGAUACCAGAUCUUGAAUCCUAUUUAGAUCAUCCAAUUAAGAAACAUUUUCUAGUUAAAGACAUCUCGCCAUUUUUAAGAAAUAUUCUCCUAAAAUCGCGCAAAUACAUUUUUGUUAUUCACGAAACAAUAACACGUCUCUGUUAUCUUGGUCUUGUUCAAUUUGGUCCACAGAAACUCAAAGAAAAAGAUCAAAUCUUUUUAUUUCUUAAUCGUCACGCUCAACUCACGGAUACAACAACCUCUUCCGUCAGCUAUCAUCGAAUUGAGGAGAAAUCAUAUCCAGUGAGAGAAUAUGAAUUUAAAUCAUUGUUGGAUGUCGAUAAAUAUUGGUACGAUAUGUGGGAAAUUUGUGUACAUACAUCAUUGGGUGGUCGAUUAGCCGUUCAAGGGAAAGAUAUUUUAUUGGAAGAUCUACCGAAAAAAGCCGAAAUGAUAAAAGCGGCAAAACCACGUGAUCCAAAUCAUGUUCACGAAAAUGAUAACGGUCAAGUACCCGGUGAUCAUCAAGGAGCAGCUGGACUCGAUUCUGCAUUAUUUGCUCAUUUAAAACGAAAUUGGACAUGGGGUCACAAUAAUUACAGCUAUCAACAAUAUAAAACAUCGCAAAAUAAUCGAAACAUCGUUUCAGAGGUGGGACCAAAAUCAUUGGAAGAAGCUAUUCAAGAUUCGACAUAUGGAGGCACAAAAGAGGUACGAUACAAGAAAAUAUCAUACAAGACGACGGCCAAGACAAAAACUACAACAACGAUAUCAAAUGUCGAAAAGGAAGUUAAGGAUACGAGCAAAACAUCAUCAUCGAAGGUUCCAACAAAGAAAAAGUCCUAUGUUCGUCGAGUGAUGCCACGAAAGAAAACCGUGAAAAAACGUGUAAAAUACGACGAAGUCGAUUAUCGUGCUCUUCAACGAAUGGAUAAACUUCGUGUCGAUUGGGAGCCACACGAGGACAAUAUUCUUUUAAUGUGCAAAGUCGCCAUGAUGUAUCUCUUUCCAAAUCCUCGUAAACAAUUUGUUACUUUUAUCGCCGUGCGCGAUACCCUCAGAACCUAUUCAAAUUGUUCAAACAACAAAACAUCACGCGCCUGUCAACGAAGAUUGCUCUACAUGCUCAAACAACCGCAAACAAUAAGUAGCGUAAUGCUCGGUAUCGAGGAGAUCAAACAAAAUUACUUUGUAAAUAAACGUUUCAAUGGUCUUGUCGAUCGUAUCAAAGGCGAAUGUCACAAUCCCGUUGAGUACGAAGAAAAAGUAGCAAAAAUCUUUAAAGAAUUAGUUGCCUACAUCUCGAGAAAAUAUUACGAUAUUUCAAACAUGGAACCAAGAGAACCAGUGAUGGUACCACAAACAAUUCAAGCUUUCAAUCUCAUUUAUGACUUGAGACAUCCAUCAAAAGUCCUUCAUCCCAAGGGUUUCACAAAAGACGUCAAAAAUCUCAACGAAAUCAACGUGGCAGUUAUCAGUACCGUCAUUCACAGUUCCAUGUGUUCCGGCAAAGAUCGCCGAAGCUGGGCCUAUCAAUUAUUCAAAAUUUAUCAACAAUACUCCGAGACAAAUCUUCGUGCCGCAAUAUUCAAAAUUCGAAGUGAUCAAAUGGUAUCAAUACGAAAAGGCACAUUGAGAUCAAGCACACAAAAAAGUGGCAAUUGCAUGCCAAUGACCAACGCUCAAUAUCAAUUAAGUCUCAAUUAUUAUUAUAAAUUUCAAACCAAAUGGCCUUACAGUGUCUUCUCUGAAUCAUACAAUCUUCUCUACAAAUUAAUUCAAUGGCAAUGCGAGAAUCAAAGUCCAGAAUUAAAUUUCACCGUUCCAUCAAAUGUCCCAGGUAUUGAAGUGUUACCAAUUACAGGUGGAAUUGUUGCCGGUAUUCACGAUUUUUUCGCCAAAGAUCAAUUAGAUUUUGAUAUUGAAAUGCCUGAUCAGGUCAUUAUGUUAGAUCCCCGUUUACAAGAAAAGAACGAUGUUUAUUUAAAAAUUGCCAAAAGAUAUCAAUCACUCUUGAUGAAUUAUGCCUAUGCAACAAACUCAUCCACACCAAGGAUGGAAUCUCAAAAUCGAGCAAUUCUCCAAGCAAUUGAAGAUAAACAAGAUCAUCAUGUUCCUCAUGCGGAAAUAAUGCAGAGACCAUUAAUCAAAAAAGGAACAAUUGAUGACAAUUUCACAAUUGAAAAUGCAAAUACCGUUUUCAUUGAGGAACCACAAAUUUUAUCUAAUCAAACCGAUGGUACUUUACAAAACAUCGAAGCGAUUAAUGUCCGUGGUAUUAAACGAUGUCCUGACGAUAGCGAAGAUGAACAAAUUGUUAAACGACCUAAAAUCAAAUCCGAAAAAGAUGAUUGCGAUGUACAGAUAAAGCCUAUUUGUGUAAGAAACAUUAGACAAUUCUACUCAAAGAAUUUACAAAAAGCUGAAGCACUUUUAGGAAGUAUUAAAGAACCAAGUCGAACACUACAAAAAGUUGUGGAACUAGAAAAUGCAAAUUCAAAAUUAAAAGAAUCGAAAAAAGAUAUUGACGUAGAUCCACUUCAAGUUGAUCAUAUAUCAAAUGAAGAGCAAGAAGAAUUUGAACCACGACCACCUCGUCGUUGUCCAAGUGAAUUUUAUUAUACACGAUUUGGAAUGUUAAAAAUGCAUCAAGAACACAAUGAACUUACAUUGGCUGACAGUCAUCAUGCUCAUGAUUUUUUUGUCGUCAAUUCUUUCAAUAUUUUUUAUAAAUUAACAUUAUCAGAUGUUGAUGGACCGAGAAAAUUGGAUGUGCAUCAAGGUUACGAAAUUCCCUCGGAUAUAUUACCAUUGAAAUUGAAUACAGUCAAUAAAUUAUUGAAUAAAAUUAAAAAGAACGCAAUUUUUCCAAAACAAGUCACAUCCUAUCAGGAAUUUCAACAAAUUGUGAUGGACAACGUAAGAAUUCCCUGGGCUAUAAUUCAUGCCGUUUGUAUGUUUAUAAAAGAAAAAAAAGAAUUGGGAGCAACUUUAUUAGACCUCUCCACGACAUUCGACUGUAUUGGCGAUGCACUUUGUGAUAUUCUCACAAUAUUAACGGAAUAUUGUCAAAUUUUACGAUCUGGUGUUACGUGCGUUCGUUAUAUUCAUCAACAACAUGCCGAUCCAUGGCUAAUUAAUUCAUGUAAAAUUCUUCGCCUCGAACAAGAAGCACAACAACCUGUACCAAAAGGAUCUGCCUAUAUUUUAAAUGAUAAUGCAAAUUCGCAGACAAAUUCUGAUGAAAUAAUACCAAAGCAAGAGAUCAAUUCUCCCGAGAGAAUGGAACAAGAUGAAGAAAAUGAUAUUGUUAAUAAUUUUGACGAACAAGAUAAAUCGAAAGAUGAUGAUGAUGAUAGUAAUGAACAAGAGGAGGAAGAAUGUGACAAUGAAGAUGAUUUUACGUUAAGACGAAGCUCUAGAAAAAGGAAAAGAAUGGAAAAAGACAAGGAGAUUCUUCGAGUUGAACAAAUGUUCAAUUCAAAUCCAUCAGAGGAAGUAAAAGUAGUAAUAAAACCAUGGAUUCAUGUUGACGGUAGUCUUAAUCGACGAGUACUUGAUAGAAUGAUGGGAGCAAUUUUAUCGUACUGCAUAAAACAUCCAGGAGUUAUGUUAAAUAAAAUACAAAAUCGAUUUAUUCCAGCGCUUCAACCUUUCCACACAAGAGAACUAGUCGAGAUACUUAUUGAAUUGGGAUGUCUGAAUGUACGAGUUUUAAAACCACAACGAGUUACUCUUUUUUCAAUACCAACUGAUUUAAAAUUUUCGGGAAAUCCUGGAUUGUCACAGGAAGAGGAAUUAGUGAUCGAACCGGAAAUUGGAGCAACUUUACGUUUUGGCACAUAUUUGAGCAAUAAGACUUAUACUUCCGAUUUUCUUACGUGAUAUAAUUAAAAGUAUUUUGUUUAAGGUCAAUGCAUCGCUAAAAAGCUGUCUGUGUUCAUUUCUCUUUCUUGAGUGAUUUUUUUUUCGUUUUUUUUUUGUUACAUACCUAGGUUAAAAUGUUCUACAUCAGAGUAAUAAAUUAAUAAAAAUACACAUCAA